AUGCCUUCAAUCCGUACAUCCUUGGCCCUCCUGGCCGCUGCUUCAGCAGUUGCUGCUGCCCCCCUCGUUAUUUCUGCUUCAUUCAAACCCAAGCCAGGCUCCAGCGAUUACUUCAGUCACUACCGCGGAACAAUUACUCCAUAUCCAGGAUAUGAGAGAGAGCCUAUCAUGGCAACAACCGAUGGUCCACCAGGCCCCGACGAUGUGCUGUUCCAGAACCUACUUUCUGCAGAAUGGGCAAUCUUCAGCUUCUACCAGAAAGGCGUUGAGAUGUUUGAUACCGAGUCCUUCACCGAGAUCGGUUUUCCAGAGACAACCUACGAGCGAAUCCAAGAGAUCCGAAACAAUGAGGCUGGCCAUCUCGUCCUCUUCCGGGACCAUAUUUCCAGCAACUCAAUGAAGCCCGGGCCUUGCGAGUACCAAUUCGGUUUCAAGGAUGCAAAGUCUUUUAUCAAAGUUCUCACCCUCCUCGAGAUUGCAUCAAUGGCCUUCCUCACCGGCCUCGUCCAACAAGCCAAAACAAACGCAACACGGGGAGCCCUGGUUGCCAUAGCUGAAACGGAGACUCGCCACGAGACCUGGGCCCUCUUGGACCUGUGGAAAGUCAACCCUUUCGGAGGACCGAGCGACACGUCCUUCCCCUAUGCCAACCAGAUCCUCUACACCACCAACCAAUUCAUCGUCCCAGGCUCCUGUCCGAAAGAGAACCCAUCGUAUCCGUAUCCCGCACAGGAGAUACCACAGUUCACAUACAACGCCCAUACGAGCUCUCCACUGACGUCCGGCACCGAGGUGCAGUUCGUCUUCACGACGCCGCCACCGGCGUGGGAGGACGGCAGGGAAUACUAUGCAGUGUUCUUCCACGGACUUCAGAAUGUCACGAUGCCCUUCGAUACGGUAAAGAAUACCACCACGAUUCCAGACUUUGAGGUGAACAAGGGCCUCAUUGUGGGCGUGAUUGCCGAUACGCCGGGCGCACCCUACAAGGAGUCUGUUAUUGCUGGACCGGUGUUGCUGAUUGAGCAACCGACUGGAGCAAUCAAGAUGAAUAAGUAG